AUUUUCACAUCUAGACUAGUUGUAUUCUGAAAAUUUGUUUUGAAAUUUCAAAUAACAAAUAGUACCUAUCUAAUUUAAAAUAUAAUUUCAUUAUAGACACUUUAUCUAUAAUUUUUGUAUUACUUAUAUAUCUGUGUUAAUUUCACGAAAUUUUAUUGACAACAUGGAGCGAGCUAUACAACAAAUUGCCCAAACUAUGGAGCGACAGCUUGAUUUGGAGCUGGAAAAGCUAGAUGCUCUGGAUAGUGGUGACCUUGAGGCUAUUCGUCAACAGCGCUUAAAUGAGAUGAAACAACGUGCUAAGCAAAAACAAGAGUGGCUGGCUAAUGGUCAUGGUGAAUAUACAGAGAUAGAUGGAGAAAAGGAAUUCUUUACCGUAUGCAACAAGAGUGAGAACCUUGUAUGCCACUUCUAUAGGCAUGAUUCCCCUAGGUGUCGUAUAUUUGAUAUGCACCUUAAGAUCUUGGCCAAAAAGCAUGUCGAGACUCGAUUCGUUAAGAUGGAUGCCGAGAAAGCACCCUUUUUAACUGGCCGUCUCAAAAUACGUGUAAUACCAACUCUUGCAUUAGUGAAAGCAAAUAAGACAAAGGAUUUUGUGGUUGGCUUCACUGAUCUUGGUAACCGAGAUGACUUCUCCACAGAAAUGCUCGAAUGGAGGAUCGCCAGGUCAGAAGUGAUAGAAUAUUCUGGAGACAUUCUAACACCACCUUCUGAGGGUAAAAAGAAGUCCGUCCAUAUCCAAAGUAAGAAGGCUAUAAGGGGAAGACAAGACUCUGAUUCAGAUCUUAGUGAUUGAUAGUUAAGUUAAUAAUAUUGAAAAUUUUUGGUAAAGUUUUAUACACUAAUGCUUAUUUAUAUAGAGCCUCAAGCUUAUUACUUUUAUUAAGCAUUUGAAUUAUAAAUUAAUAAUUUUAAAGAAAUUAUCUAAUGUGGCUGUGGCCUGCUCAAGGCCAUGAUUUGAUUAAGUUUCUCUAGAAACUGGAAAGUGAUUUCAAUAGCUUUAUUGAAAGUUAUAUGAUAUUAUAUUAUAUAUUUAACAACAUAUAUUUUUAAUACUAAAUUGCCUCCAUUAUUUUUAAAUUUUGUAUUCAGUAUGCUGUGUUGAGAGAAUAAAUGUUUAUGCUUGUAUUUACAAAUCCUUGUUAUUGUAAAAGGAAUUGUGGAUGUUUUGGAAUAAUGUAAAUUUUUAGUUACUGAAGUUAAUAAAUUAAU